CAUAACCAAACUUUUUAGUCUGGUGCGAUCAUUCCCCAGUCUGGUUAAGAUCGGUGAAACCACUUUUUGAAGGAUUAACUAGUUAUAUUGGGAUUCCAGCAACUUAUCGAAAAUAUGAUGUUUUGUUUCAGAGCCAUUUUGCUAGCACUCGCGGGUAUUGCUUGCGGCCAAGACUGUAAUUUUGAUGCCAAUCGUACAUCGAAUCAAACAUGUGGAUGGUCAAAUGACUACGAGGACGACUUCGACUGGUCGGUCAGACGAUUACCAUCCCCUACCCCGUUUACAGGACCGUCAGGAGACCAUACUACAGGAAGUGGUAACUUCCUCUACACCGAAGCGAACGGGAGGGAUCCAGGUGAAAGAGCGAGGAUCUACAGUCCUUUCCCGUCCCCAGCUAAUGAGGCAGGCUCAGACAUGACGUUGAUCUCCUUUUGGUACAGCAUUUGGGACGCCUUUGAUGGAGGUUCUCCAAUUCCCGGGACCAAUAUGGGAACACUCAAUGUCUACAUCGUCUAUAAUGACGAGAAGGUUCGGCUAGACCCACCUAUCUGGUCGCGGUCAGGAUCCCAGACCGACAGAUCAGAACAGUGGAAGGAAGCUAGGAUUCUCUUUACGGCCUCUCAUCCAUUUCGGAUCAUAUUUGAGGGUGUCAUCGGUGAAGGAGAGAGAUCGGAUAUUGGCAUUGACGAUAUAGUCAUCACACAACCGAAGAUGCCCACCUCAUGUGACUUUGAGGGCAGUGAGAUGGGCGAUCUGUGCUUCUUUUACCAAGAGGACCUGGAAGAUGACUUCGACUGGACCAGACACUCUGGUGAAACGCCCUCUCUCGACACUGGACCGCGCAGUGAUCACACCUUCCAGAAUAAUUCAGGGCAUUACAUGUACAUCGAAACAGCGCGCCCAAAUGGACCAGCUGAAGCCAAACUGAAAUCUGUCCAGUUCUUCAAGCAAGAGUCCUUUCCAAGUAAUGAAUCUACUAUGUGUUAUAUCGACUUCUACUACCAUGCUUUUGGUGAACAUGUCGGCGAGCUGCAACUAUAUAUCAAAAUGAUAGUAUCUACGAAUGGGUGGAGAGGAUUUCCUUAUCCCAUUGUAUCACCUGGACAGAGCAAUGACACAUGGGUCCACCUAAACUUUCCUCUGCCUAUAAACGACAAAGCAUAUUACACACUUGAAUUCAUCGGAUCACGGGGCGAUGGAAACCUAGGGGAUAUUGCUAUCGAUGACAUAUCACUUAGUGAAGGAUGCUUUGCCUCAGAUCCGUGUGGAAGCAAUCCUUGUUUUAAUGGAGGAACUUGUGCAACCCUCGAACAUGCAGGUACUACUUAUUACUGCUAUUGUCUAAUAGGAUGGGAAGGAGAGCAUUGCGAAACAGGAAAAAUAUCAUUAUUCAACCAUUCCUGAUUUGAAUUGACAAUAUUUGAACAGAAUUUUUUUAAUCAUGGGACUUAAAACACGUCGAUUUUUUUCUUAAUGCAAUAAUGAUAACUUAUUAUGUUUCUAAUAGCUACUGAAGUCUAUCAUCAUCAUCGUUGGUUUACCUUUUUAUUGCUUUCGUGUCACUGUUCAAGAAAUCAUAUAUGCGAGCGUGGGUGUGAAUUAAUGUGUGAGAGUUGGUUAGGUUUGUGUAUUUACAGUGUGUGUAUUUACAUGUAUUUACAGUAUCAGUUUGCAGAGAUCGACGAGCGGCUAAAACACCAUGCAUGCUCACUUAAUACAAUGUACGAUUUCCGUCACCACAUUAAGGGAAAUCUACGUCCUUAAGGAAAUGCCUAUAUGCAUAUUCAUAAUAAUUUGAAAUAUACAGUUAAAAGACAAAAUUUUCAAAAUAAAUCAAUUCAAAAUUGCAAGGUUCUAUGAAAAUUUCAUUUUAAGUUUCUUCCUGACUCUUCAUCGAUUGUAAAAGUAGUGCCUCUUCCC